GAUCCAGCUGAACCCAAACCAUGGGCACUGAUUCCGGACGGUGCGGGUCGUAUGCACAUGGUCAACAUUGACCCGGUUGACGUACCGGAGGGAGAGGAUGAAGUUGAACCACUGUUCACCCCGGAAACCGACGUUAUCUUCCGAAUGUACACCAGACGCAAUCCGGUGCAUCCGCAGAUAAUUCGGUGGGACGAUCCCUCAUCGAUUUCCAACUCGAACUUUAACCCGUCAAAUCCUACUCGCUUCUUGAUUCACGGUUGGGUUGAAGGAGAAGAUGCUACGUUGCAUUGGGUUAUCAAGGAUCACUACUUGCGUGUCGGAGACUUCAACGUGAUCAACGUCGACUGGGGUCAGGGAGCUCAGACGAUUAACUACAUUGCUGCACGUAACCGUGUUGGUGGAGUUGGAAUGAUUGUGUCCCGGAUAAUUGACGUGAUUCGUGCUACCACCGGCCAAUCGCUGAAUAUGAUUAAUGUCAUUGGAUUCAGUUUAGGAGGCCAUGCUGCUGGAAACGCUGGUAAAGGACAGAAUGGUCAAUUGAACUCGGUUAUUGCUCUGGAUCCAGCUGGUCCGUUGUUCUCGCAAGGUCAGGCCGAUACCUUGGCCGCAACCGAUGCCAUUUAUACGGAAGCUAUCUACACGAAUGCUGGUAAUUUGGCGUUCGAUGCCCCGUUGGCACAAGCCAAUUUCUAUCCGAACGGAGGACGUUCGCAACCGGGUUGCAUCACGUCGAUUUGCGCGCAUAACCGAGUUAACGAGCUGUUUGCCGAGUCAGUAUCGACUGCCAAUCACUUCGUUGCGAUGGAGUGUGCCAACUACAAUGAAAUUCUGAAUGGAGGUUGCUCAUCCGUUGGACCGUACGCCAAGAUGGGUGGAGAACCGUCGAAUCGUGGACGUGGAGUGAGGGGUGUGUACUAUCUGCGCACGAAUUCGGGUUCGCCAUUCGCCAGAGGUUGAAGACGAAGCAUAGUGUGUUAUCUGUUUACGUUAUCGGAGAGCUGCGUGGAGAAUUAAUAAAGAUUUUUCAAUUGAUUUUUAAA